AUGGCCCUGACGUUCUCCGUGGCCAGCGUCACGGGGAAGACCUACGACGUCAUGGUGAAGGGCGAGGAUCGGGUGAAGGAACUGAGGGAAGAAGUGGAGCGAUACAUCGAGGUGCCCGAAGCCUGCUAUUUGAAGCUCUUCCACGGCGCCGAGGUGCUGCACGACGCGCUGCCGCUGACGGCGCUGUAUCCCACGGAGCAAGUCUUCGCAGUGGUGGCGCGGGAGACGAAGGUGGAGCUCUUGCUGCAAGCGGCAGGCUCUUAUGAGGGCUACAAAGAACUGCUGAAAAUGGCUCCAAGUUCACCGGAAGGAGACCACAUCAAGGUGGUGAAGGGCCUUCCAUCCAUCCUGGCGGUUCUUGAGGACAUGGCGGGACAAAAGCCGGAGAUUGAACAUCUGCGUGCGGGGGAACAUGGAUUGGAGAUGAGUAGCAAGGACGGACAUUUGUUGCUGCCGAGCAUCAACAGUGGAGUCCUUCUGCGAGAAAGCCGGAAGGAGCAGUUUUCCAAGGUGGUGGUGUCCGUCCAGCUGAAUUCGGACGCAUACAACAAAGGCCUUGGCCUUGUGGUGGAAGAACCUCCCUCCAUGCAGAGUGACACCGACCCGUCGGGUCUGCCGAGCUACGUCUACAACGGCUUCGGCUUGUCGGAGUCCAAGAAGUCCAACGCCAUCAAGUUUCAUCCCGCGAUGCAUGGAGGGCUCCUGCGCAUCGAGGGCGCUGGAGGUUUUCCCAAUUGCAACAUGGGCUACACCCCACAGAACUGGACCGAAUCAGAGAAGAAGUUCCACACCUUUGAGGUCACCCUCGCUGUGGACGGACGGAACCACUUGAAGGUGACCAGCACUCAAGGUGAGGUUUUCCAAGUGGAUUGGCGCAACACGUUGACGGAUGGCAAGUUCCUGCCCGCUGUCUAUGCGUGGCUGGACCUGGGUGGUGAAGCCCUUUACCUGGGCGACAUCUCUCUGGAGAUCCAUCUGUGA